AUGUCACAGGCUCAAACUCCCACGAAUGGUUCGGAUGGAGCGGCUGGCAAAGUCGCAGCUCCACCAAAUUCCAACGGCGCAACCCAAGCCGGUGCUACGUCGUCCGCUCAAACGGGCAGCAAUGGACCAGGCGGCGGAUCGGAGCAACCUCACGCUCAGCCCAAGACCCGACCAGGGCUUUUUGCAAGAAGGUUUCCAAACGCUGCGGCUGCCGCUCAGAGGGCGAGACAGAGCGCUGGAGGUCAGGUCGCUGUGAAGGUCUGGAACAACAGGAGGUACUUGGGUAUUGGAAUUGCUGUGACGUUUUUGGGGACGAGCUACAUUAGCGGCAAGAUAGCUCAGAUGUGAGUGCAUAUAUGCGCCUCACAGGUUCCAUUCGAGGCGUAGCCUGAUUUCGUCAUGGCCUACCCGAUGUUGCGCGGCUUAGCAAACGGGAUCACGUAGCUGAUGAUGUGAGUACAACGGCACCACAUUCAUUGUGCUAGCAGGGUACCUGAUCCAUGAGCUGCACUGAACCUUGUCCACCUUUUGAUGGUCUCAGUCAUGGCUGGUAUGGAAGAUCUACGAUGGCGCCAUCGUCGAGGCUCGAGGCCCCACGAGUCUGACGGCGCUGCUCGGCGGCGCAUCAGCAGGCGAGGAUGCUCCUCGCGUCAUGGAGCUGUACGAAGCCGUGCGGGCUCUCAAAUGGGCCAAAGGCGACUCGCGCAUCCGAGGGCUCAUUGCCGACUUCUCAGGCCUGCACAUUCCGGGAAGCUCAAGAGGUCCAGGGCUGGGAUUUGCGCAAAUUGAAGAAUUGACCCAAGCCAUACACGAUUUCAAAAUUGCAAAGAAUGAAGAGCUGACGGAGAGGCGGGAGGGAUCAGCAGGCAAGAUAUUGCAGGUCGAGAUUACUAGGCCGGGACAUAAACCGGAGAUGAUGAGUGCGGACUCUAUCGAUGAGGAGCAGCUCGUCGCUUGGUUGUCCGAAGCCGACCCCAAGAUCAAGCCAGAGCAAGCGGAGGCUAAGGUCCAGCAGCUGCACAAAGCUGUGGAUCGUAUCAAAGCUUCGGCGGAGACAAAAGCAGCUACGAAGGAUGCAAACGGCCAGGGAGCGGCAGCUGGACCUGUGACGCGACAAUUGCCAGCCACGAUUGCCUGGACGGAUACGUUCAGCUCUCAAGGCGCGUUCCUGCUGGCGUCCGCUUUUGAUGAGGUCUACAUCCAGCCAUCCGGCUCUGUACCUCUCAGAGGUAUUGGCGGCAGCAUCACCUUUUUCCGGCGAGCAUUGGAAAAGCUAGGCAUCAAGCCUCACGCAGAAGCUCGGCGAGAAUACAAGUCGGUCGUAUCCCAAUACACGGAAGAUGGCACAUUGACCGGACCUCAGCUACAGAAUCAGGCAUCUUUGCUCGGUGACUUGAAUCGAGGAAUGUGCUUCGCGAUUGGCGUCAAUAGAUGGCCUGAUAUGGACCCGGACGAAGCUGCUGAUAAGGUCGCGCAAUUAGUCAAGAAAGGACCCUUCUCGGCGAACGAGGCCAUCAAAGAAGGUCUCAUCACCGGUACGAUGUAUAAGCGAGAGCUGUUCAAGCAAAUCGGAGGACAAGAAGCCAAAGUCAAGGUAAGUAUUGAGACGGACACGGACCGAGCGAAGCCCUUCCUUCUUGACCAGCACUUCUCCUCUUUCCCAGAGCUUCCCACUGUACUCCGACAUCAUUGAUCGCACACUCGCCAAACGUUUACCGGACUCUUACAAGAAUCAGGUUGGCGUCGUGUACCUCUUAGGGGGCAUCAGUAGCGCUCCUGGGGACUUCACUGCUGCGCACGCCAUCAAGGGCCUUCGCGAGGCGUGCGAGGAUGAUGAAAUCAAGAGCAUCGUUCUUCGCUUGGACACCGGAGGAGGAUCUGUGGUAGACAGCGAUUCGAUCUACGAUGCCGUGAGGAGAUGUCAGGAAGAGUACGGCAAGCCUGUCAUCGCAAGCUUUGGAAACGUCUCCGCUUCUGGAGGGUACUAUGCUUCCGCUUCGGCAGACGCUAUCUUGGCAUGCGAGUCCACCAUCACCGGAUCCAUCGGCGUGGCUGGCCUUAGACCAACGAUCACGCGCAAAAUCUUCGAUCAGCUGGGCAUCUCCAUGCAGUCUUUCUUCACGGGCAGCAAGAACGAGUCAUUGAUGCAUGAGAUGAGCGAAGAGUACCGCAAGAGGAACGCAGAGCAUAUUGACGAGACCGUGAGUCUGGGCCCGAUUCCUGCCGAGAUGGCGAGCCCCUCUCAUCGUCACCGACUCUUCCGUCUCCACAAUAGUACGACGACUUUUUAAGCAAGGUUUGUGAGGGUCGAGGUAUCUCUAAGGAUGUCAUCGAAGAGCUUGCAGGAGGCAGAGUCUACACUGGUCUGACGGCGCUCCUGAAGAGCAGGCCUGAGGAAGAGCUGAUGGGCGACGAGGCUGCCUCGCAGACUCCGAACGCGACCAAGAAACCCGUGAAGCUUUCCUUCAGAUAUCGACCCAAGGACAUCACGCGUCAAGGCGAAUUCUCUACCAUUGCCAUUGAAAGUGACGCUUCCGACGAGCACGCGGGCGCUGCUCCUACCUCCGCCACUGCAUCUGCUACGGAGCAAGAAAAGCAGGACGAAGAUAUCGUAGCCCAGGCCGCUAGAUUGGUGGCUGAAGAGGAAGGCUCGAUCGCUCUUGCUGCUGCUUCAGAGAACGCAAUCGAUGGGGAUGCGGAAGACCAGCUGGCCGAGAAGGCUCAUCAGGUUGCCGAAACUGAGCAUAAAGCUGAUGAAAAGGAGAAGGCUGCAACCGAAGAGGCUGCAGAUGUGCCUAAGGGUCCGUAUGGACGAGGGCUCAUUGAUACCAUUGGAGGCUUGGGCGAAGCUGCAGCUUUGGCGUUCGCCACCGAGAUCUCGUGAGUUGUCAUCGAGCCCUCUAAACGUCCAGGACUUCUUGCGCUUCCGAUGCUGACCCGCUGCGUUGCGCUCGUGCCCCCACAGCAUUGAGAUUCAGAAGCUCAUUACUGAACAUAAGAUGACAAAGGAGCAGGCUGUGCAAGCUGUGAGACCCGGUCGACCACGCGUCAUUGACGAGUCGGGGCAAAUCAGCUUUGAAGGCGAUCUGUGAGUUUGAAAACGUAGUUCCAACAUCUUCGCGCACCUCUCAUUCACAUGGUCUGACGCCGCCUUUUCCCCCGACUCCACUGAUGCAGCGAGCUAGUGCGCUUCCCGCGGGAGAAGAACUUCUUGCAGAGAGCGAGAGAUAUCCGGAUGGGCAAAGCGGAUCGACCUUCGGUGCUAGCCCUCUUUGGUUUCCCUGGUCUUACGGCAAUCGCAAAUGAGAUGGUAACCACGGCUGCUAGGUCUGCCGUCAGGAUGCUCAUUAACCUCGACAGCGAAGCGUGGGCUAGAAUGGUGGAGGAAGAAGUCGCGAAUGCGUCGAACGAGCAGAAUCGUAUGCGCGCUCACAUGAGGACAGGCGCUUGGGCUCGUCCUUGA